AAGAAGUGCUAGCGACCUUUACGGUGACGUAACGAUCCGUAAGUUAACAGUGGUUUAUUUCAAGGUGUCGACUUUUCGAGUUUGAAGCAAGAAUCGGAGCGUCGGUGUCAGACGUAACAUCACUAAACAUCACUACCUUUACCAAGUAGUGCUAAAGUUUACGAUAUGGCGUGAACGCACUUUGUGACAACACUUCCAGCACAGCACUUGUUCUUCUGGCUAGUAGCUACUAGUCAUGAUUCUAAACUUCGGAAACUGAACAGAUUUCACACACUCAAACAAGCACAUUGAUUGUGAAUGUAGUAAUGCUUUCAGACAGGUCUACGCAUUGAACGGAGACAUGAAUUCGCUUUGGUGGUGUAGAGUUGCAAUUUUCCUCCUGGUUGAAGUAUCACUGGUAUUUGGAGAUUUGAGCAGCCCUCAGAAUUUGACUCUUGAAACACUUAACACACAUUACCUUCUGCAGUGGGACUGGGGUCAUGAGACAGCUAUGAAUGGAACCGUUACCUUCACUGCACAAUAUCUAGCGCAGUAUAAGACCCGCAGGCCUGCUCAUAAGCAGGACUGGAAGUCUGUAUGUGUUGAUGUGGUGGAACGACACUGUGAUUUCUCUGAUGCUGGUCUAUUUUACUUUGGCAUGUUUCUGUUGCGUGUGAGGGCACAAAUAGCUCAGCAAUCUUCUCAUUGGAUCCAGAUUGAGUUCUGUCCUGAUAAACAUGCUGAUUUAGGUCCUCCAUCCAGUGUGAAGCUGAAUCCAGUUAAAGAAGGUUUGGAGAUUACUAUCUUUGACCCUCUAGACACCAACAACCAGUCCAUGAAAGAGCUGGUACAAAAGAUGUAUUACCAAAUCCAAUACUGGAAGAAAUAUGAAGAUCAGAAGGCUGAGAUCCUGCCAACACAUAAUAAUGUUGCAACAUUGUCUGGGCUGGAUAGAUGGACGUAUUAUUGCGUAAGAGUUCAGUCCCGCUGUGAGUUCUACAACAAGAGCAGUAUCUUUAGUGAAACGCACUGCAGAAAGACAGGAGGAGAAACUACAUACCUGGAGAUAUUUCUUUAUUUCCUGUUGUCACUGGUGAUGUGUUUGCUGUUGGGGUUGGUUCUGUCAUUAGGCUGCUACAAGACUUUCAAGACCUUAACUAGCAUUUUUUACCCAGCUACUCAACUUCCAGUGUACAUCCAUGAGCACUGGGCAGCUGACAUGCCAUGGCUUUUGAUUCCUGAGUCCGAGACUGUCUGUGAGUACCUGGACAUUACCAGUGAGAUAAACCCUGCAGUUGCAGUGAUGGAUGCCCAUAUCUCAGAACAAGAUUGGGCCACAGAAACGCACAACCAACACGACAGUGGAGAUUCUGGCUUUAACUCCACAGAGGAGGACUCAAGCCAUAGACAGUAUGGCCUAACAGAACACAUCACAUGCAAUGACGAUCAGAUUGAAGACAUGUGUAAUAUAAAAAACAAACAGAUGCUUGAAGUUCUGUGUUUAAAACAAGUAACACAGUACAAUAGAGAUUUACAUGGAGAUUAAGGCAAGCCCAGCCUUUCCUUAAAUGUAAAUAGUAAUAAGUUUUGUUCACAAAAUGUACAAAUCUAGCAUAGUUUUGGCCGACAUCAUGUAACCACAGAGGCGGCUUUUUUAGAGAUGAUGUGGAAUAUUCUAUGUUUAGAUUGCUUAUGAUUUUUAUAAUUAGUAAGCUGCUCAAAGACAAUGUUUAGCUUUUGUUAUUGCUUUUUCUAAGCUUUGAAAUAGCCCUAUUUAGUCUCUAGUGAAAUGAUAUAUAUGACAUGGUAAAACUGAAAAGCGUUUUAUUCUUUGAUCUCUUUAUGCAGUUCUUUGAGUCUACAUUGUCAGAUUUUUUUGUCCUUUGACGAAAACAAAAAGCUUAUUCUCUUUAGAAUACUUUACACUUUAUUAUGGCUAUUUUACCACUUGUUUCUACCACUGUAAAUUUGUUUUUAGAAUACCUCAUAUUGAGGUGUCACUAUUAUUAACUUUUUAUAAGCACUUUUUGUUUCAUCGCCUCCAUAUGACACAUGAUAUGUUGCUUUAUUGUUCCUAAUCUUUGUAAAUUGCUUUGGAUAAAAACGUCUUCUAAAUGCCUAACCGUACACAUGUAAAUAUUUUGGGGUCCUUCACAUGUCAUUUCCCAGUCCCUGACUUUAGGUUUAGCAAAUUACAUAGGGGCGGUUUCCCGGACAGGAAUUAGACUAGUCCUAGACUAAAAAAUCUUUAAGAGCUGUUUAAACUGAAAACAACUUGCACUGACAUAUCUUAAAAUACAUCAGUACGCUUUGUUUUGCCUCAAAAUGCACACAAGUAAUUUUUUAGUAAGGCAUGUUUGUUAAAACUACUUAUAUUUCCUAAUUAAACUAAGGCCUAGUCCUGGUUUAAGAUAUUCACUGUCUGGGAAACUGCCCCAUAGUGUUACACGCAAACGUCACUGGCAGAGACUCCAGAUUACUGCUAACAAUGUUGUAAAUAACACCGACUGAUCGUCUGGUUUUAUAAGAAUUCCUAAUGUAUUAUCAGGAGCCGGGAAUUACUUUUGUGUUGCCUGUGUAUCUGCUUUAUGAACUACCUUUUCCGUGGGGGCUGGUACUAAAGCUUUGAAUGCUAUGAAGCAUGCUAUCCUUUUAACACAAAAGAAGUUUGCUUGUCUGGAACCAGUGAAAUGGUUAGGCAGAGCUUCCAAUACAGACUGCCAUUUAAAAUACAUAAUUUUUAAAAGCCUUUAAAAACUGUACCUAUUUGUGUAGACACAUUAUGGGCUUAUUUUAUGUCACAACACAAAUUAUACUAAUUAAAGUUUGAAAAUGAAAAUAAAUGAAAUAAAAGAAGUAAAACCCUUCAAAGCAACUGUAGAUAAGCCAACUUUGGGAGUAUAAAUAUUCUGAAGAACUGUACUAUGCUACGUGUUAUAUUCCUUAAGUGAGCGUGUAAUUAGUAACAAUGUAAUUUAAUGCUAAGUAAUAUAAGCUGUAACAGUAUAAUAAAAUAAAGUGAAAACGAAAAAGUGAA